UGUCCAAUGUAAAUACCCUUUUGUUAAAAAUAAAUGUCUAAAAAUAGAGACACCUCAUGGAGUGUUUUCUGAAAAUUAUUGAUAUAAAAAAUUAAUCAUCUCGUUGAGACGGAGGUAUUCAGGUAAGAUAAUAAAAAUAUACUCCCAAGGUAUUGUGAUCUUGUGAGAUUUUGUUUUUCAUUUGAAUACAAUUAUUGUCAACUGUCUUUCCUAAAAUAUUGUCAAUAGGACUGAUAAUUUAUAACCGCCUUAAUUUUCACCAGACAGGCGUUUGUUGUAUUUAUAACCUUAAUAACAAGGUCAAAUGAACUUUGAUGAGGCGGGGUUUUCCAGUUUUUAGAGUAACAGCACAAAAUAGCAAUGACGAGAACAUAUUCUUUUGAAUAUCGGAGACGAAAUCCUGAAAUGUUUCCUGAAGUAUGUAGCAUAUGCAUACCACAACGUCGAUUUCGGGCACCAGCACAUAAAACUCAGCAUGACAACAUGAAACAUGGAUCAAUUCAACAGAUGUUCUACGAUUAUUCAAUGCACCUUACACAAAGUAGUGUGUCAUACCCACCACCCAGUUCUUCCCUCAACACGGUAACAGCAAGCGAUUUAGACACAUUUGUGAGGAAAGAAAUCGAACCGGAUACAGAAUACAACGCCAGUUGUAAAGCAGUAGUUCAUCGUCUUUGCCAAUUCAUGAAAAACAACUUUCCCGAUGAAUUGAGACCAUCAGAAAUUAUCAAGAGUGGGUCACUUGGAAAGGGCACGGCGGUAAAAGGAAAGUCAGAUGCGGACCUGGUUGUAUUUUUGCAGCAUUUUGACUCCAUAUCUGACCUGUGCGACUCUCUAAAAAGUAUUCUUGACAGGAUGAUGCGGUACCUCGGCACUCACGGUGGUUGUACUGUGGAGAAAACUACUCCCCACGCUGUCCAAGUGUCGCUGUCAUGUCACGCCGGUCAUACUCAUCACGUUGACAUUCUACCAAGUGUUAAUGUUCUAGGAACAAAAACCAAAAGAGAAAUUUACAAGAUGAUGAGCGACCAGUCAUCAUCUUUACAUAAAUUUUAUUCCGCGGCACUAGCCCCGCUACAGAUUUCGUUUGUUUCCGGUGUUCCGACGAAAGUGAAAACUUUGAUACGCUUAAUCAAAUACUGGAGGAAAACCUGCUUUGAAGAAAGCACCGGGAAGAAACGACUGCCGUCCUCUUAUCUUCUGGAAUUGAUAACAAUUGGGGAAUGGGAAGACGCUGAAAGACCAGUCAAUUUUGACCUGAGGAAAGGGUUUUACCAUGUACUGUUGGCCAUUGCAAAUUGCAAGAAAUUGAAACGUGCAUGGAAUACUAAUUACAAUUCCGACAAAUACAUCAGUGAUGACUCCUGCUAUGUGAUGGAUCCAGCCAACCCCUACAACAAUGUAAUGGACAACUGUGACUGCUUGGACCUCGUAGAGAGCAACGCUAGACAAUUCCUCCCCAAACCAUUGUUUAGUGGAUUAUCCACCUCUAUUGGAUGGAUCUAUGGUUACUCCUACUAUGUGAUGGAUCCAGCCAACCCCUUCAACAAUGUAAUGGACGCCUGUAACUGCUGGGAUCUUGUAGAGAACAAAAUUAGAGAGUUCCUCCACAUGCCACUGUUUAGUGAAUUAUCCAAAUCUAGUGGUGUUUUCCGAAAAGAAGUGAUAUCGAAAGGAAAUAACAUCCCAAAGGAAGUGAAAGUUCAGUUAACAAAUUUCAAAUUUAUAGUUAUUUUAUCAUUAUUACCAUGUACCAUAGCAAUUCACGUUGAUGAUCUGUGUUUGUUCAAGGUGUUACAGGUAGAACAGCAGUACUGCUUAGCAAUGGUGAGACAAUAUUCUUUUGGCUAUCGGAGGCAACAUCCUGAUAUGUUUCCCGAAGUCUGUGGAAUAUGUAAACCGCAACGUCGCUUUAAGAAACCAAAGGAUAAAUCUAAUCAUGAUGGAAUGAAACAUGGUGCAAUUCAAAAAAUACCCCAAGGUUAUCCAAUGCAUCUUGCACAUAGCAGUUCAUCGUACAGACUGUACCCAUCAUUCAGUUCUUCCCUCAGCACGAUAACAGCAAAUCAUCUUAACACAUUUGUGAGGAAUGAAAUCGAACCUGAUACAGAAUACAACAAAAGUUGUAAAGCGGUAGUUGAUAGUCUUUGCCAAUUCAUGAAAAACAACUUUCCAGAUGAAUUAAGACCAUCAGAAAUUAUCAAGAGUGGGUCUCUUGGAAAGGGCACGGCGGUAAAGGGAAAGUCAGAUGCGGACCUUGUUGUCUUUAUGGCGCGUUUUCAUUCCAUAUCUGUCCUGUGUGACUCUAUAAAAAGAAUUUUGAACAGGAUGAAACUGUACCUCGGCACUCAUGCUGGUUGUACUGUGGAGGGAACUACUGCCCACGCUGUCAAAGUUUCGCUGUCAUGUCACGCCGGUCAUACUCAUGACGUUGACAUACUACCAAGUGUGAAUGUUCUAGGGACAGAAGAUGAAAGAAAAAUUUAUACGACGAUGGGUACCCAUUCCCCAUCUUUACGGGAAUAUUAUUCUGCAGCACUAGCACCGUUACAGAUUUCAUUUGUUUCCUGUGUUCCAGCGAAAGUGAAAACUUUGAUACGCUUGAUCAAAUACUGGAGGAAAACCUGUUUUGAAGAGACCACCGGGUGGCAACGACUACCGCCCUCUUAUCUUUUGGAAUUGAUAACCAUUGGGGAAUGGGAAGACGCUGGAAAACUUAUUGAUUUUGACCUGUGCAAAGGGUUUUACCAUGUACUGUUGGCCAUUGCAAAUUACAAGAAUUUGAAACAUGCAUGGAAUACUAAUUACAAUUCUGACCAGUAUAUCAGGAGUUACUCCUGCUAUGUGAUGGAUCCAGCCAACCCCUACAACAAUGUAAUGGACGCCUGUAACUGCUGGGGCAUUGUAGAGAGCAAUGCUAGACAAUUCCUCCUCAAGUCACUGUUUAAUGGAUUAUCCACCUCUAGUGGAUGGUAUGAGUUAUCAAAACAAGUACUAGAAGCCAUGUGGCUGAAACAUUAUUUACCUGUAGAUUUUGUUGACAUAAUUGAAUGCAGAAUGCGGGUGCACGUAUUUGGUAACAAACCAUCACCCGCCAUUGAAAACUAUGCUCUUCAGAAGACAGUGAAGAUCGCAUCUGAAACAUAUAGAAAAGACGUCAAGAAGUUUGUACAAAGAAACUUCUAUGUUGAUGAUGCCCUGACUUCAGUUUCGUCUGCAGAAGAAGCUAUCGACCUUCUCACAAGAACCAAUGAUGUUCUGAUGAUUUUAGAAAAGAUUUGUCUCCAUAAGUUUGCAUUCAAUAGUGGGGAAGUAAUGGCUAACUUACCUCUGCAAGACCUCUCCAAGGAGCUCAAGAAUGAACAGUGGAUUGGGACGAACCCCUCUCUGAAAAUCAUAGAGUGCAGUGGGAGCAGUGGAAAAUUCUCUGAAGGCAUGCGAGAACUUAUUUAUCCCAAGAGCUUACUCACCACCCGUCUCCUUACGAAAAGCAUCUUGGCAGUUGAGGUCUCAAACAUCGUCAGAAGAAAUAUGGAUCUCAACAUUGAUGUUGUAAAGGUUUACACGGACAAGAUUGUUCUGGGCUAUUUACACAACGAGACCAGGCGAUUCUAUGUUUAUGUAGCAAACAGGGUACAACAUAUCAGACAGUUGACGUGUCCUGAUCAAUGGCAGUACGUACCCACACAGAAAAACCUAACAGAUCUGGCAACUAGAUCUGUACCUGCUGACAAAAUGAGUAACAGUAUGUGGCUCAAGGAACCGAAGGAGUUUUUAUAUGGUCGCCGAGAUGAAGGUUUGCUGGAACUAUCUAAGGGCUCUUAUUCUCUAGUGAGCCCUUGUGAAGACAAGAAAGUACGUCCCAUUGAGAAAGUAGAUACAUGCUUGUCCAACAUUUUAUCAGAUCCUGGAAUUGAACUCGGAUCACACCGAUUUGAGCGCUUCUCGAACUGGAGAAAACUUCUAGGAGCCAUUGCCAUUCUGAAACAGUUCAUCAGAAAUAGGAAGAAGAUUAAACAUGCUAAUAUUCCUUCCCAGGAGAAACACCCUUUGGUCAUUCCUCGAAAACAUCACAUCGCCAAACUCCUUAUCAGUCAGGUACACGAUAAUGUACAACACCAGGGCAGGCAUAUUACAGAGGGCGCCCUGUGUGCGGCAGAAUUCUGGGUAACUGGAGCCAAGUUGCAAACACAUACUCACAUCCAUAACUGUGUUCCAUGUCAGUACCAGCACAAAAUAGCAAUGACGAGAAAAUAUUCUUUUGAAUAUCGGAGACGACAUCCAAAAAUGUUUCCUGAAGUCUGUGAUGUAUGUAAGCCAAAACGUCGCUUUCGGGCACCAGCAAAUAAAGUUCAGCAUGAAGAAUCAAUUCAACAACAGAGAAUCUACGAUCAUCCAAUGCACCGUACAAAAAGUAGUGUGUCCUACCCACCAUCCAGUUCUUCCCUCAGCACGAUAACAGCAAGCGAUCUAAACAAAUUUGUGAAGAAAGAAAUCGAACCUGAUACAGAAUACAACAAAAGCUGUAAAGAAGUAGUUGAUUGUCUUUGCCAAUUCAUGAAAAACGAAUUUCCCGAUGAAUUGAGAGUUUCAGAAAUUGUCAAGAGUGAAUCACUUGGAAAGGGCAAGACGGUAAAGGGAAAGUCAGAUGCAGACCUUGUUGUCUUUCUGGCGCGUUUUGAUUCCAUAAUUGAGCUGUAUAAAUCUAUAAAAGAAAUUUUGGACAGGAUGAAAUCUUCCCUCGACAAUCAAAAAGAUUUUACUGUGGAGAGAACUACUGCCCAUGCUGUCAAAGUAUCGCUGUCAGAAAGUAAAAGAGAAAUUUACACAGCAAUGAGUGCCCAUUUACAUGUACCGCCUUUACAGAAAUGUUAUUCCACGGCACUAUCCCCGCUACGGAUUGAAUUUGUUUCCGGUGUUCCGCCGAAAGUGAAAACUUUGAUACGUUUAAUCAAACAUUGGAGGAAAACCUGUUUUGAAGAGAGCACCGGGAAGAAACGACUACCGUCUUCUUAUCCUUUGGAAUUGAUAACAAUUGCCAAAUGGGAAGACGCUGGAAAACCAGUCAAGUUUGACCUACGGAAAGGGUUUUACCAUGUAUUGCUGGCCAUUGCAAACUACAAGAAAUUGAAACGUGCAUGGAAUAUUAAUUACGAUGCUGACCAGUACACCAGUGGUUACUCCUACUAUGUGAUGGAUCCAGCCAACCCCUUCAACAAUGUAAUGGACGCCUGUAACUGCUGGGAUCUUGUAGAGAACAAAAUUAGAGAGUUCCUCCACAUGCCACUGUUUAGCGAAUUAUCCAAAUCUAGUGGUUGGACCUAAAUAUGAUAUAUGCAACUAAUGUAAAUUGGUUUCUUGCAACUUGAAAAGAAAUUAGGAUUAACAUUGUAUUCAUUCGAGGACCUUUAGAAAUUCUCGUAUUAUCAAUUCGUAGUUCAUAGGGAUAAUAACUUGACUUGAUUGUCAUAAGAUUGUAUUAUACCACUGAGAUGUCGAUUAAGGUUUCAAUAAACUUGACUAAACUUGGUAAGAUAAUUCAAGAGUGUGUUACACAUUUAGACUGGGCGCCACCGUCAUGCUAUUUAAUUGAAUAGAUAACUACAUGAGAAUGGGACAAUAAUGGAAAUUCUAGUCAUUUUGGUCUACAGAUGGGAUUUUAUGAGGAAUUGGGACCCAUCUAAAACUAUGAGAUAUUGAAACAUACAUGGGAGAUAAAUUGCCUACCAUAUGUUUAUUUUUCUUCUUUUAUAGAAAUAGUUUUACUAUAAUACUGCAUUGGUUAUGGAAACAUUGAAAGGGACAAGAUCUCUACAAUAUUAUAUCAUUAUAGGGAGUUAGUGAUGAUGGGAUGUUACAAUAUUAUAGGGAGUUAGUGAUGAUGAGAUAUUAUAUUAUUGUAGGGAGUUAAUGAUGAUGGGAUAUUAUAAUAUUAUAGGGAGUUCGUGAUGAUGGGAUAUUACAAUAUUAUAGGGUGUUAGUGAUGAUGGGAUAUUACAAUAUUAUAGGGAGUUAAUGAUGAUGGGAUAUUACAAUAUUGCAGGGAGUUCGUGAUGAUGGGAUAUUCCAAUAUUGCAAGGAGUUAUUGAUGAUGGGAUAUUACAAUAUUAUAGGGAGUUAGUGAUGAUGGGAUAUUACAAUAUUGCAGGGAGUUAGUGAUGAUGGCAUAUUACAAUAUUAUAGGGAGUUAGUGAUGAUGGGAUAUUACAAUAUUGUAGGGAGGUAGUGAUGACGGCAUUUUACAAUAUUUUAGGGAAUUAGUUAUAAUGGGGUUUUCCAAUACUGAAGGGAAUUAAUGAUGAUGAAUUUUACUAUGUUUGCCGUUGUAACAUUGGAGCACACUGUAAUGUAUAGUACUGAUUUGAUAGCUGUAGGGUAUAUUCACUGAUCAUUCAGCGUUUGCAAUAGCAAAGAAUUUCUAUGUAUAACGAACUGGCUUCACAAAAUAGAACUUUUCUGAAUGGUAGCUAAUACAAACUUAUUUGCCAUGUCGUCAAUUAUGCAUUUCUACCGCUUUAUAAAUUCAAAACUUUAAGAUAUGACAUUUUUUUUUUAUAAACAAAAUCAUGAAAGGUGCUAUUGAAGAAAGGUUUAUACAGGCUGCGUGCUGUACAUGAGGCGAUCGAUGCAUUUCCUGUUUCCACACGGUUUGACAAACUUAUUAAGUUAAAAACUGGCAUCAUUCAAGGACAUAUAGACAUACAUUGUAUAUAAAGAUCCAUAAAGCUAUUGCUUUUAAAAAAGGUUAAUCAAAUAAAGGUAUUUGCAAACUCUU